CACCAUCACCACCAGUUCACCGGAAGACCGACGAUGCGGGCGAGCUGCAACGGCUGCCGGGUGUUGCGCAAGGGGUGCACCGACGACUGCACCAUCCGCCCCUGCCUGGCCUGGAUCCGGGGCGCCGACGCGCAGGCCAACGCCACCGUCUUCCUCGCCAAGUUCUACGGCCGCGCCGGGCUGCUCAACCUCCUCGCCGCCGGCACCGACGCCGCCCUCCGCCCGGCGCUCUUCAGGUCGCUGCUCUACGAGGCGUGCGGCCGGGUGGCCAACCCCGUCUACGGCGCCACCGGGCUGUUCUGCAUGGGCCGGUGGGAGGCGUGCCAGGACGCCGUCCAGGCCGUGUUCGAGGGCCGCCGCAUCGCCGUCCAGUCCGAGGCCGUCAGGCAUCCCGGCCUCGUGGCGGCGUUCGACGUCCGCCAUGUCCCUAAACCCAUGGUCGUCCCUGCGCCCCCCGGCCCGCUCGGCGUCUCCCGCGCUGGGCGCACCAUGUUCAAGCGCGCGUCAUCCUCUUCGACGGCCAAACCAACGAUCUCCUCCGGCGCCAAGCACGGCGACCUCGACCGCGCGCCGAGCCACGAGGAGCCGGCCGGAAGCCACGACCACGUUGUUGAAGACGGCGGCAUGGCAGUGGCAGUGGCAGUGGCAGCCAAGCAAGUGAGGGGAGAGUCGUCGGCGGACACCGGGGCCGAAGCGCACUCGCACGUCAGCCAAGCAGAGCAGAACCUCCCAAUGCCGCAGCUGGCCCAGGGGGACGACGACGAAGUUGGGCUGGAGCUGACGCUCGGUUUCGGGCCGGCCACCCGCCUGCUGAGGUCGCCGCCGGCGCGCCCCGAUGCGGCCAGACGCUCGAGCGCCGAGUGCGGCCACAUCGGCCUGCUGCUUGAGCUCCCGGUGUGAGAGAAGAGAAGUGCCGAACUUCGUACUGCUAGCUGAGACCUGAGUGAGAGAGAGAGAGAGACAAAAAUGGCAGUUUUUUUGGGGAUCAUCGUUCGUGUCAUACUGACACCUUUCGGGCAGAGAUUGUACAAGAGAAAAACAUUGUAGUACCUGAGGCCUGAAAAAAUAAAAUAAAAUAAAAUGCUAGGACUUCUGCAUUUC